AUGCUAUCAUCUCCAGCAUCUUCACCAUUUAUAGCAGCAUCUUCAUCAGUCCCACUAACAUCAUCAUCAUCAACCCCACCAGCACAGCCCUCACCAUCAGCAACCUCCACAUCAUCUUCCUCAUUCUUACCAUCAACAUCAAACUCACAGCCUUUAUCCAUAGCACCAUCUUCAUUAGUCCCACUAUCUUCAUCAUCAACCCAACAACCACAGCCCUUACUAUCAACAACCUCUACAUCAUCUUCCUCAUUCUUACCAUCAACAUCAAACUCACAGCCUACAUUACCAUCCCCACUAUCUUCAUCACCAACAUUAACAUCGUUAUCAUUAACAUCUUCAAUACCAUCAACAGCACCAUCUUCAUCAUCUUCCCCAUUGUCAGCAGCACCAUCUUCAUCAGUCGCACUAUUGUCAUCAUCAUCUUCUUCAACACUAUCAUCUGCACCAUAUUCAUCAUCUUUACCAUCUUCAUCACCAUCAUUAGCAUCAUCCUCAACAACAUCUUCAAUGCUAUCAUCUCCAGCAUCUUCACCAUUUAUAGCAGCAUCUUCAUCAGUCCCACUAACAUCAUCAUCAACCCCACCAGCACAGCCCUCACUAUCAGCAACCUCCACAUCAUCUUCCUCAUCCUUACCAUCAUCAUCAAACUCACAGCAUUCACAGCCAUCCACACCACAAACAUCAUCAUCAACAAAGUCUUCAAUACUAUCUUCCACUCCAUUCUCAUCAUCGUCACCAUCCUCAAGACCAUCUUCAUCAGUCCCACUAUUGUCUUCAUUAUCAUCAUCAUCAUCAUCUUCAACACUAUCAUCUGCACCAUCUUCAUCAUUCAUAGCACCAUCUUCAUUAGUCCCACUAUCUUCAUCAUCAUCAUCAACAACCCAACAAGCACAGCCCUUACUAUCAGCAACCUCUACAUCAUCUUCCUCAUUCUUACCAUCAACAUCAAACUCACAGCCUUUGUCAUCAUUCACACCAUCUUCAUCACCAACAUUGACAUUGUUUUCAUCAACAUCUUCAAUACCAUCAACAGCACCAUCUUCAUCAGUCGCACUAUUGUCAUCAUCAUCUUCUUCAACACUAUCAUCUGCACCAUAUUCUUUACCAUCUUCAUCACCAUCAUUAACAUCAUCAUCAUCAUCAACAACAUCUUCAAUGCUAUCAUCUUCUCCACCAUCUUCACUAUUCAUAGCAGCAUCUUCAUCAGUCCCACUAACAACAUCAUCAACCCCACCAGCACAGCCCUUACUAUCAGCAACCUCUACAUCAUCUUCCUCCACCAUCUUCAUCAUCUUCACCAUUGUCAGCAGCACCAUCUUCAUCAGUCGCACUAUUGUCAUCAUCUUCUUCAACACUAUCAUCUGCACCAUAUUCAUCAUCUUUACCAUCUUCAUCACCAUCAUUAACAUCAUCAUUAUCAUCAACAACAUCUUCAAUGCUAUCAUCUCCAGCAUCUUCACCAUUCAUAGCAGCAUCUUCAUCAAGCACACUAACUUCAUCAUCAACCCCGCCAGCACAGCCCUCACCAUCAGCAACCUCCACAUCAUCUUCCUCAUCCUUACCAUCAUCAUCAACCCCACCAGCACGGCCCUCACUAUCAGCAACCUCCACAUCAUCUUCCUCAUCCUUACCAUCAUCAUCAAACUCACAGCAUUCUCAGCCAUCCACACCACAAACAUCAUUAUCAUUAUCAACAAAGUCUUCAAUACUAUCUUCCACGCCAUUCUCAUCAUCGUCACCAUCCUCAGGACCAUCUUCAUCAGUCACACUAUUGUCUUCAUUAUCAUCAUCAUCCUCAUCUUCAACACUAUCAUCUGCACCAUCUUCAUCAUCCAUAGCACCAUCUUCAUUAGUCCCACUAUCUUCAUCAUCAUCAUCAACCCAACAAGCACAGCCCUUACUAUCAGCAACCUCUACAUCAUCUUCCUCAUUCUUACCAUCAUCAUCAAACUCACAGCAUUCUCAGCCAUCCACACCACAAACAUCAUCAUCAACAACGUCUUCAAUACUAUCUUCCACGCCAUUCUCAUCAUCGUCACCAUCCUCAGGACCAUCUUCAUCAGUCCCACUAUUGUCUUCAUUAUCAUCAUCUUCAACACUAUCAUCUGCACCAUCUUCAUCAUCCAUAGCACCAUCUUCAUUAUUCCCACUAUCUUCAUCAUCAUCAACCCAACAAGCACAGCCCUUACUAUCAGCAACCUCUACAUCAUCUUCCUCAUUCUUCCCAUCAUCAGCAAACUCACAGCCUUCAUCACCAUCCCCACCAUCUUCAUCACCAACAUUUACAUCAUACUUUUCUUCUUCAUCAAGCUCACCUCAUCAAUCCUCACCAUCCUCACUGGUACCCUCAUCAUCUUCACCAUCAACACCAGCAAAUACUCCACCAUCUUCAUCACUGCUAACUCAAGUAUCAUUUCCAUCGACUCCAUCAGCACUGUCAUCAUCAGUAUCCUCUUCAUCAACAACAACCUCUUUUUCAUCAUCCUCAGCAUUAUCAUCACCAACGUCACAACCUACUUCAUUAUCCUUACCAUUAUCAUCAUCAAUAAUCUCAUCACCAACAACAAAAACACCAUCAUUUCCUUUUUCUCCACAAUCCUCAUUGACUUUACCAACUACACCACCAUCUUCAUCAUCCUCACUUUCAGCAACACCAAUAAUACCACCAUCAUCACUAACCUCAGCACCAAAUUCACCAUCAUUGUCUUCAUCAAUAACUUUACAUUCAUCAUCCCCAGCAGCAACACCAUCAUCCCCUUUUUCUCCACAAUCCUCAUUGACUUCACCAACUAUACCACCAUCUUCAUCAUCCUCACUUUUAGCAACACCAACGAUACCACCAUCCCCACUGUUGUCUUCGUUAAUAACCUCACCACCAUUACCAACUUCACCACCAUUACCAACUACAUCGCCAUCCCCUUUUUCUCCAGCAUCCUUAUUAACUUCACAAUCCACAUCACCAUCCUCAUCACCAUCUUCAUCACCACAUUCACCAUCCCCACCAUUGUCGUCAUCAAUAACCUCACCACCAGCAACACCAUCCUCCCCUACACCGCCAGCUUCAUCCUCAGCAAACUCUCAAUCAUUCUCAUCAUCCUCACCCCUGUUAUCGUCAUCACCGACCUCCCCCUCAUUUAG